AUGGGCCCAGGCUCCUCCAGCCCUUCUAUUGGUGCAGCUAACUUGCGGAGUAAUAUUAUUGGUGUUGACGUGGCCAUGCCCAUCUCAGCAUCCACGUCAGCAGGUCCCAUGGUGGGGGAUGAGAAGAGAGAGUUUGAGAUGGUCAGAGGAGAGGAGGAGGCGGGAAGAGAAGGGGGAGAGGCGGAGGUGAUGGUGCAAGGUAGAGAAGAUAGAAAGGGGGUUGGAUGGGGUGGAGUGGGGAAUGCAGGGGUCCUGGGAGGUAUGGGGGGUAUGGGAGGGGUGGAGUACGGUCCUGCUGCCAUUCUCUCCCCGUCUACCAUAGCUGCUGUUGCUGCUGCUAACGCCAUUGCGAAUGCCCCCCCAUCUCCUCCUACUAGGACCCGUGGAGAGGGGGAGGGGAGUGGUGCAGGAGGGGUGGGCGCGGCUGCGGGAUGGGACGGACGGGCAGGAGGCAGCAAGAAGGAAGGAGAGGGGGAGGGGAGAGGUGCAGGAGGGGUGGGCGCGGCUGCGGGAUGGGACGGGCGGGCAGGAGGCAGCAAGAAGGAAGGAGAGGGGGAGGCGAGAGGUGCAGGAGGGGUGGGAGGGGCUGGGGGAUGGGACGGGCGGGCAGGAGACAGCAGGAAGGAAGGAGAAGGAGAGGGAAGGAGAGUAACAGAGGAGAGGAGUGAUGGAGCGGAGGGGGAGGAGGAGGAAGAGGAGGUGAACAGAGCGACUGGAUCCGACGGUUCAGAAAGCACGAGACUGGAAAAGUCCGUUGGGAAACUUGGGGCGGAUAGCGGAGAUGCUUGUAAAGUGGACAGGAUCGAGGGUGGAAAUGAGGAAGGCAAGAAGGACUGGGAGGGAGAGGUGGCCAUGGGAGAGAAAGCACGUGCUGAGAGCAGGGAUUCAAAUGGAUCUGCACAUAAUAGUGGUGCGGUUGGUGGUGGUGCUGAGAGUAAUGUUGGUAGUGUUGGGAGUGGUGUUGGCAGUGACGGGGAGGUGAGCGAGGAGAGGAAUGUGAGGGAGGAGAGGGAGGAGUCUAAACAAGUGGACGAAGGAAUGGGAGCGAACGACGAAAACACAUACGCUGUCCUGGAAAUCAGUGAUGAAGAUUCGGAGGAAGAUUCUGACGAGGAGGAGGAGGAGGAGGAGGAGGGGGAGAGUGAGAGUGGAGGCGAGGAGGAGAGAAGGAGGAGGGAGGAGGGGAUGAGGGAGCAGCGGGCAGCUCAGGUGGCUGCGAUUAUGGCUAAGAUGGCCCGGGGUGAUAGCGUGGGUAGCACCGGCAGCGCCGGUGGCAGGUUGGGUGGUGGUGGUGGGAGUGUAGGAGGCAUAGGACUGGGAGGAGCCACGGGGCUGGAAGGAGGAAUUGGCACUCUUUCCAGAAAUGGCUCUGCCUCUGCAGCUGCUCCUGCUGUCAGCAGUCCGCGUUACUCUCUUCCUCCUCCCAGUCCCCAUCAGUUCCGUCCUUCUGCUGCAGCUAACGCUGCGGCGAACGCUGCGGGCACCAGGGGCGGUGGGAGUGUAGGGGCAGGGGCAGGGGCAGGGGCAGGGUUAGGGAUGGGGGCAGGAGUAGGGAUUGCAGGAGCAGGUGGAGCAAUGGCAUGGGGUGGUGGUGCAGGCUCGGUGCAGCAGUACCCGUGGUGGGUGCUGGCGCCUCCCGAUGCUCAGUGCCGUUCUGAGGAGGUCUGCAUUGAGUUCUAUGUCGUGCGCCAUGCAGAGUCGUUAGACCUGCCGCACCUAAUAGGAGGGCAGUCACCCGCAAUACCGCUCACCAGCAAGGGCCGGGAGCAGGGGGAGGCUUUAGGGCGAUACCUGGUGGAGUUCCAGGGGUUGAUGUUCGAUGAGGUGUUUGCCUCGCCCAUCCCCCGGGCGUGGGAGACUGCUUAUGCCACGUGCCAGGGGGGGGCGCUAGCGCGAUACCUGGUGGAGUUCCAGGGGGUAAUGUUCGAUGAGGUGCUUGCGUCGCCCAUCCCCCGGGCGUGGGAAACUGCUUAUGCCACGUGCCAGGAGCUUGGCUUUCCACCCAGCCGAAUGCAAGAGGCAGAGGAGUUGAAGGAGCAGAGCUGCGGGCAGUGGGAGGGCAAGAAGUGGCAAUAG